AUGGAGAAGGCCAAGGCUUACAUCAAAAACGAAUUGCGUGGGGGCUCCCUGACGCAGCCGGAGCCCCCGCCUUCAUCGCACCACCACCAACACCACCAGCUCCACCAGCUCCAACAGCAGCAGCAGCAACAGCAGGCGCAGCAGCACCACCCGCUGCCACCCAGUUCCGGCCACCCGGGGUAUCACCACCACCCACAUGCUCCGCAUCAGCAGCAGCCGCAACAGCAGCACCACCACCCGCAGCAGCAGCACUACGCAGGUCCUGGGGGAUACCCGCACCAUCAGCCGCACCCGGCGGCGUCGCCCUCGCCGGUAGCCGCCGACCUGGACCCCUCCACCAUCUGCUACGUGUGUGGGGCGGCCGGGGCGCAGGACAAGUACUAUCUGCGCGUCCGCCAGAACCCGGAGCGCCCGCAGGAGCCCCACUUCCCGCUGCUCGAAUCCCACCUGCCGCCGGCCGGCGUGCCGCCCUGGACGCCGGCCAAGGUGGGCGUCAGGUCGUGCUACCUCUGCUUCACCACCUUUGCCCAGCAGUGGGACUACCACGAGCGCGAGGGUAAACCCGUCGCCCAGCGGCUCUACUGGCUGAAGCGCAACGACGACAAGAACUACAUCGGCGCGGAGCUGAACAGUCAGGGGGAGUACGCGGCCCAGAUGCUCGGGCUCAGUGCGGAAAACCUGGGCGUGAGCGGCGGACUACCACAGGUUCCAUCGGCCGCAGCCACUCAACCAACACCACCACCACCCACAUCGGUGUCCUCUCAGCAUGGCGGUUACUCGGCGUCGCGAACAACCCCCCAGCCGUCGGCGGGGGGCUAUGCGGUAUCCCGCAACGAGAGCCCCGCGCGGGGUCCACAGCGGAACAGCAACGAGUCGGGCGCCUCGAAAGCACCGGAAACGGCCACUCCGCCGUAUCAUCCGUCGAAGCGCUUCUUGGAAAACCACCUCGCGGCCACGAACGCCGCGGCCCGGGAACACCUGCACCACCACCCGCUGCCGACCGCCGGUUCCACUGCGGCGGCGGCGGCUCCAUCGAACAAUGUGCACUCCUCUUCGCAGCAGCGCCCCGUGAAGACGACGUCCCAGUCCGGCGCGUUCCGCCACAGCAGCGACACACCGUCACCGGCGGCGACCACCGCUGCUCCUACCGGAAGCGUCACGUCACCGUCCGCCGCGGCCGCCUCUGGAACGACGGCCAACGUCGGGUUCCGCGAUGGGCGCAAAAUGUCCUCGUUCGCGCACCACAAGCUCAAGAUGGUGAACUACAACAACAACGCUUCGUCGCCUUCGUCGUCGGCGGCGGCGACGGGUGGAGCGGCAGGGGCGACGACCGGGCCGGGUGGCCCGUCGUCGCACCUCCGGCUCGAGGAGGAGGGAGCGCUCGAUCUGCGAAACUCGGCCUCGGGCGCGGCCAGCGGCGGCACUGGGGGUGUGCUGGUGGGGCCUGGCGGUGGAGGGCUUUCGGGCGCCAGCGGCGGACCCGGAUCCGGACCGGCCGGUGGUGGCGGGAUGGUGGUGAUGGGCGGCGGGCUCGGCGAGGACGCCAGUCUGCGCAGUGGCAGCAACAGCAACGGAAGCAGCAGCACCGGAAGCACCGGCACCGACAUCCUGGACCUCUCGAUGCCGGACAAGAACUCGAUGACGGAGGUGUGCUACGUGUGUGGCGACGAGCACCGGCGCGGCAGCCUGAAGGAGAUUGCGACGGUGCGGCCGAAGGACGUGAAGGACCAGGAGCGGCCCUACUUCCCGAUCUUCGACGAAACGCACGCCAGGCCAGCACGUUCGAGACCCAAGGAUCCGAAAGGCAUGGUGCAGGCUUGCAAGGCGUGCCACCAGUAUCUGCUCAAUCAGUGGCAAUCGUUCAACAUUCGUUCAACGCCGGAGGCUCAGCGCAAGUACCAGAUUCGCAAACGCCAAAACACUCAGGAACGGUCGGCGACGUUCGUGUGCUACACGUGCGGGGCCGACACGCCGUCCUCGCAACUACGCUUAGUCUACUGUUGCCCGAACGCCGAGCGGGAACCGUACUUUCCGUUCAUUAAAGCCCUGAAAGCACCGACCAAUGCUAGUCCAAUAAGUCCACAAGGAAUGGUGCAAAUAUGUUCCACGUGCAAUAAGAAAAAUGCCCACCGAGCGGAAGGUGGCACGAUCAGCAAUGUGGAAGAACGUUAUCCGUCGCCAACGAAAAUGACGUCUAGUGUGAUAAAUGAGGUUGUUCGAUUUAAGCCUUAUGAAUUUGCCUCCGCCCUGUCUGGAGGACCGCCGCUGCGGGACCAGAAGGGCUUCCGAAGAGAUUCACGACCAAAUACACCACCUCACGCUCAGGGGCCGGUCGAAAAUGGCCAUGGUCAUCAAUGUUCGAUUUGUAAGAAUACGUUUCCUGCCCUCUCGAUGGAGUAUCUGUCCACCAGUGCCGAGCAUAUGAAUUCGCAUGCAAUGCAUUUCCCCUGCCUCAAAGGCAGCACCGACCAGAGCCGCGUGCUGGCGUGCAAGAACUGCGUCCACAAGCUAACCGUCCAGUGGGAGACGAUGGACGCCCAGCGCGUACCGCUCGAGCACCGGAAGUACGUGAUCCCUUCGCCAACGCCGAACUCGGCCUCGAUAUCGCCGAGCGGUGCGGGCAGCGGUAGCGGUGGCGGUAUGGUUGUGCGGGCUCAGUCCAGCGUCGGCAGCACACCACCGUCGACGCCGGCUUCCUCCGUUCCGAGCACCUCGGUGUACUGCUUCAUCUGCGGCCUGCACUCGGAGUUGAGCUUCGCCCGAUUACUCUACGCCAACAAGGAGGGUUCUCGGCCUUACUUUCCCUUCCUGUUGAAGCAUAAAUCACCUCCAAACGCGGAACAACUACGCGGCGACAGCUCGGCGCUUGUUUGUACAUUCUGCUAUCACUCGCUGCUGAAUCAAUGGCGCAAGUACGAGGCGCAGAACAAUAUUCCUCCACCGAGCGAACGUGAGUACAACUUUCACGACUACUGCUGCCACCUGUGUGGCAUCACGACGUAUCGCAAACGGGUUCGUGCACUGCCGAUUCGCGAGUAUCCGUUCGUGGCGAACCGGAAGUGCGACGGAAUACUGCUCGAGAACGGUGACUAUGCGGUUGUGUGCCUCGAUUGUUACGAAAGCCUCAGGCAACAGUCGGCCGAAUACGAUCGGUUCGGGGUGGCAAUUGAGAAGCGCGAGUACAACUGGGUAGCCCAGCCCCCACCGCCGGAAGACAGUCCGGAGGUGUCCAUCGCAAGGCUGCCGAGCGGUGAGCGAUCGGACAAGGCAAUCAAAAAUUCUCAAGGUGGGAUGCGUACGAUACCAAAUAAAAAGAAUUGUUCACCGAAGGUCACCAACGAUAAGCGGGAUGCAUUACAAUCCAAACUGGCCCAGAAGCGCCCCGCAACGAGUCCGGCCCCGCCCGUUCCCCCGUCCGCCCAGCAGCUUCUGCUGCAUCAUCCGUCUUCCUCGCCGCACUCGAACCACCUGAUCGGCGGACCGAAUCACCUGCCGCCCGGUGCCUCGCCCGGCUUGGUCCCUCCACCACCGCAGGGUCCACAUGGAGGCGUCGUGCAAUCGAUGGGCCACGGAGGUCCGGCGGCACACGGCGGUGGUUCAUCCGGUGCCCAGAACGCGUCCUCGGGCGGCCGCAGCAGCAGUGGAGGCGGUGGUGGCGGCGGCGGCGGUAAUGGAAACGGUGGCGGAGGAUCGUUCGCUGCGGCGCUACGCAAUCUGGCUAAACAGGCGGACGGGAAGGACGACGAGCCAGCCGGUGCUGGAAGCGGCGGUGGUGGCCCGGGCGGUACCAACGGUGGUGGCCCAGGCGGAGGAGGUGGCCCGGGUGGUGGCGGUGGCGGUGGUAGAGACAGAGAUCAUCGGGAUCGGGAUCGCGAGCGGGAUCGUGAGCGAGACGGAAGCGGCGGCGGUGCGGCGAUGGAGGGUCGGGGGAGCUCCGCGAUGGAGCGUGGUGGCCGGGAUGAGUCGCGUGGCGGUGGCAGCAUCCUCACCGGGGACGGCAGGAUGCGGAACGCCACGGACUCGGGCCGUGGAGGUGUCGAAGUGACGAAGAAGCAACACCAACAGCAGCAGCGUUCCUCGCCACAGCCACCGGAGAAGAUCCCACGCCUAAACGCACCGAGCUCGAGCACGAUCCAGUCGGAACUGCUGGCCCGCAGCGGCUUCCAGCCGUACAGACCAGACGAGCGGCUGGCGCACCCGGCUGGUGCCUUCCCGAUCGACGCCUACUCGGCCGCGUUCGGCUCCAUACCCGGCAUGCCGCCAGCGAACCUCUUCAACCCGGCCGCGCUCGCGUACCACGAUCCGACCAUCUAUCUCGCCCCGCGCUACUCGAUGAUGCGAGCGCACCAUCACUCGCCCAGCACGCACCAGCUCUAUUCGUCGCUGCCCUAUCCGCCCAACCUGUACGGGAUGCUGCCCGGGAUGAGCAUGCAGAGCAUCCACGAGCGCAUGAAGCUGGAGGAAGAGCACCGAGCCCGCCUCCGGGAGGAGGAGCGGGCCCGGGAGGCCCGCGAGGCGGCCAUCGAGCGCGAGAAGGAGCGCGAGCUGCGAGAGCAGCGUGAACGGGAACAGCGCGAGAAGGAGCAGCGCGAGAAGGAGGAACGCGAGCGGCAGCAGCAGGCCCAACGGGAGAAGGAGCAGCGCGAGAAAGAGGCCCGCGAGCGGGAACGGGAGCGGGAAAAGGAGCGGGAACGGGAAGCGGCCCGUGAGCGGGAGAGGGAGCGCGAACGGGAGCGGGAACGUGAGCGGCUGAUGCACAUGAUACCGCACUCGCUGCCGCGACCAUUCUUCCCGAUCCCCGGCCUACCGCCCGGGUUGUCACCUCCCCUCGGGCUCGGCAUGCAACCGCAGGGUCCGCUCGGGUUGCCGGCGCACCAUCCGCUUCACCCGUCGCUGGGGCUGAGCAUGAGCCUCGGACUGUCACAAGUGCCACAGGUGCCCCCGUCGGCCUCGUCGCUCAACCUGACGCACCCGUCGGCGGGUCUCGUCCCGCAGCAACCGGGACCACCGGGCAGCGCCCUCGGACAUCCGUCGAUACCGACGAGCCUGGCGGCAGCGGCCGCCGCCUACAGCCACAGCAUCGCGUCCACCAUGAACUCGUCCUACCACUCGUCGAUGGCGCACAUGGGCGGGCUCAAUCUCUCGCACUCGGCCGCGGCCUUGGCCUCCGCCCAGAACCUCAGCCUCGCCGCUGGCCACAUUCCUCCACCGGCCCACCUGUCAGCCGGCGGCUCCGGUGGUUCACCGGUGGGGGCAAUCGUAACGUCCGCCGGUGGGCCAGGGUCGGUCGGUGGCCAUCACCUGGCCCCGUCCCCGCACCAUCUCUCGCCGCACGGGGCACCGUUGGCGUUGACGUCGAGCAAAUCGUCCACCCAUCCGUCGCCGCAUCCGGCAACACGAGCUUCCCCGUCCUCACCGGUUGUGGCCGGCGGCCCUGGGCCCACUACGAGUAGCAGCAGUGGGGCGGCGGGCCCACCGCAACCCCAUCCGUACUACUCGGCGGCGGCAAUGGCCGCCGCCGUCGCCUCACCGCUAUCGUUGAGCAACAAGCCUCAUCCGGUGCACCCGUCUCCCAGCAGCCAUCACAUGCAUCACAUGCAGCAGCAGCAGCAGCACCACCAUCCCGGAGCGCAAACGCAACCGCCACCGGGGGCCCGCACCAGUGCCGUUAUCACGCCGCCCUCAAGUGGCGCUCCAACCCACUACCAGGCGGCCCAUGCGGCGGCCGCAGCCCAUCAUCAUCACGCGGCCCUAGCGGCGGCUGCUGCUGCCGCGGCCCACGAUCAACGAUCGGCCGCCGUCGCUUCCUCUCACCGCGCUGGAGGAAGCACACACCGGGCCGAGUCCGCACCUUCGCCGCAAUCCGUAGCCGCUCCGGCGCAACCCGUCGCCACGGAACACCACAGUGUAAAUAGUACAAAUGUCGUUAGUAUUAGCAGCAACAACAGCAUGGCGGCGGCGGCCGGCAGCAACGUUGUUGUCAACGAAUCACUGACCCCCGGUGGUGGCUCCAAAUCACGCUCCCCCCCGGCUACCACCGGAACACUGCACGAGCUUGGCACCGGCACCGCCGCCUCCGGUGGCAGUCUCGUGAUCAAAUCGACGGCCAACAGCGACGGUGCCAGGAUGCCGCCGGACGAACCGCAGGGAGUCGGGGUGAUUACGAAGCAACGUAGCUCGUCGUCCCCGACCGCCGGUACGGAAGCGUCCACACGCACCAGCAACACGGCGUCACCGGGGGCGACUACCGUCGCGGCGGUGGCCGGAGAGCUGCCCGAAACCAAUGGCAGCGUGUCCGAUUCGCGUCCUGUGUCGCGCAGUGCCGACACCGACGCACCUUCAAAGAAUGGGGCCAACGCUGACAACGGAAGCGGUCCGACGGUGGGCAAAGACCAGGACGGAACCAAGGAGCCGCCGUCCACCGUUUUGCCCCACGACAAUGGUACGACGGCGGUGGCAGCGGGUAACGAUAGCGGAACGGCGGACAAGCCACGUAGCCACCCGAGGCAAUCGUCACCGACGACGGCCAACAGUAGUAGCAACGGGGCGCCGGCAGCCACCGGCCCACAGACGGUAAAUGCCAAAACGACCGCUGGUGACCAUACGUCAUCGACCGCGAGUAGUCCAGCAGCAGCGUCCGGAGGCGGAACGGGGGCUCGCGAAAGCCGCUCACCACUAACUUCGGCCACUGCCAACAACAACAGCACCAGCUCCGGAACAACGGCCGCAGGUAAUAAGAAGGACACGACGCCGUCCCCUGGCGGUAGCGGCGGGGGGGACGAUCAGGUGUCGCAAAGCGGUGGCACCAAAACGACGGCCGAGGGGACGGCGAAACGUGAGCGAAGAACUUCGUCCGGCUCACGAUCCCCCACGGUGGCGACGGCGGCCGCGGCGACGACAGACUCCCCGGUUGUGGACCCGAGUGUCGGUGGCCCGGAGAACGGCAAGAAAAGCUCGCUGGUGGUGGUGGUCGCCGGAGGACUCAACACCGCCACUGCCGUUCCGCCGAGUUCCACGCCUUCCGGUGUGAUUGUCGGCGACGGUGGACUGAACAAUGGGGGAACCAGAGGCGGUGAACAUCGGUGAACAUGCGUUCCGGGUGGGGCACGAAAUGAGGCAAUUUCAAAGUACGUGUAUGUGUGCUCAAUGCCUCUGACCAUCAACGGGGUUUUUGUGUUACGAACCGGGAUGUUCCGUUGAUUGAAACCCCGGCCCGUGCCUGAGUUCAACAAAUAUUUCCCCCGGAGUGCUAGCAUUUUUUGCUCACGGCUACUUUGACUUAAUCACAGGGGGGUUAAUUCGCCCUCGAUGGGCCCCGACACGCCCCAAGGACACAGAAAUACUGUGCUAGGAAGGAUGCGGCGGGCCCUUCAGUGCCGAUGCCGAAGGGCAAACCAAAACCCAUAUGUUUUUUGGAGGUAACUGUGUAAACCCACAUUUUCUUAAGCUUAAGUUUCGUGUAUGUAAUUUGUUGUAAAUACGUGACGAACCUGUUAAAAUAACUGAUCUAAGGUGGUAAGCGGUAGAGGUGCUUUAGGUAGGGUCACAGGGCACGAAACGGCGCGGCGUCCAUCUUCCAGCUUUUUUGCGGCACGAUCCUUGGCGCGAAACGAAAAAGAAGAACCGCUCGCGGGUUUUCGUAGCAUGCGGCGCGCUAGAAGUAAGCAAUAGUUAACCAAACGUCAGUGAGUGAGUGGAGCACAGCAGAGUAGGCGACGCACUGAAAGCGACGACGGCAAGAAGCUAGAUAGUAGGGAAUGCAUAUGCAGCUAGCAGAGCAAUCCGAUUGGUUCCAUUUGUAGGCUUUUAGUUAGCUCGUAGAACAACACACUAACCCGUUCCCUCACUCUCUUUCUCUCUCUCUCUUUCUUUCCUCUGUGCUAAGGAUGCCUUACUUGCUUGUACUUUUGCUUGUAUUCAAGCGCUACAGCGACAGACACAGAUAUAAACACGUUUCAAGAUCGUUUGUUUUCUUUCACAAUGGUUGGUGUUUUCUGUCUGCCUGUCGGAAGGACCUUAUUCUAUUGUAUAGUAUAGUGUGUAAACUGGGAACGGAUUAAUUCGAGGCACCCGCGCCAACCUGAUCCUGAUCGCGCACAAAAAGAUCGAUUUGUUCGCGAAUAAAAAUGGCGAAAGAGAGAGACAGAGAGAGAAGUUAAGAGUUCAUAGUAACACCAUUACCCUAACGAUUAUCCUCAUUUCCUUUUUAUGCUCUUGGUACCGAAUCGCUCGUGGAUGUUUGGAAUCCCUAUCGAUCUUAAACCCCCGAUGGAGCCAGCUGUUAAAGUGUGCAAACAUCGCCCCAUAUUCUCUGCCUCCCAAAAACCCAAUGUCGGCGGGAGCUGCUCAGCCGAGUAGAGGGUACCCGUGGCGCUUUAAUUCCUUCCUUGUUUUAGAUGGCUAAGAGCAGUAGACGAAAACAGUGGUGGACGAUGUGGUGAAGAGGACAACCUAGAACUAGCCCUAACCUAGCCGGAAACAACGAACGAAAUCAAUACAGCAGCACAGAAGCCCGGGAAAGCUUUGCCAAUCACGUUUAUCCUAGAGUGUGUCCAGUGCAAAAUUGGUUCUAUGUUAGGAGUUGCUUGCUGUAGGUAGAAAGUUAGAUGUUGCUGGACACGGCAAAUUGGCGGCAAAUAGCGAAAAAACUAUGGUGUCUCGUGCAUGAGCACGAAAAUAGGUACGAUAGGAUCGUGAAGCUGUGGGAAGCGCUGGUGUUAAGAGGCGCGGUAAUACGUUGUUCUAAUCGGUGACGCUGUUCAAGUUAGGUGAUCGAAUGUGACAGGUAUACAAACGUC